CUCCGCGAUCCGGAACGACCCAAAUUCACAGCUGGUGGGUCAGCCUUCAGGGAAAAGCAUCGAUGGAGCCACACACGGGGUGGUGCGUUCCCUCGCCAGCAAAUUGGAACCGGCUGGUUAGCUCGUUGUCAUCGGGGCCCGCCGACCCCCACUGCAUCGAGACAGACCGACCAACACCUCCCCCGUCGCCGCGGCUGUGUCGUCGACCGAUCGGGAAGUGGAUACUUCGAGUGUCAGAGCCACUAAAUAGAGACUGGCAGUUCCAUUCUUUUUCUUUUUUCACUUCAUUCCAUUACCUGCUUAGUUUAAACUCGUUUGUUUCAACAAUGGCGCCCAAGAUCUUCUCACUCGUCGCCGUUCUAGGCUCCCUCGGCACCGCCGCAGCUGUACAGCCCGCCGUCAGCAACGCUGGUUUGGCGCUGGCCAGGGAGACUGUCUCCAUGCUCCAGGUUCAGAUGCAGGAAAAGCUAUCUGAAAUGGCUACUGCCCAACUGAUGGAGGAGCUGGGAGUCGACGCCGCCUUCAGCAGUGCUCUGAAAGAGACCAUGAGCGGUUUUGGCAAAGAGCUCCUCAGUUCCUUGAAGCCGACCGUCACCCAAAUCUGCGAAGACAUCGUGGAGCAGGUCGCUGGUUACCAGCAGAGUGUCGACGAAGAGGCACUCGAGUCUGACCUCGGUUUCGCGCAGAUCUCUAGCUCCCGCGUAACUGACAUCGCACCUCACGAUGUCGAGAAGGCGACUGCCUUGGUUGACGAGCAGUUCUGGAACAAAGCACGGAACGCUUUGAAGAAAGUGGCCGCUGGUGUCAAGAAGGUUGCUUCCCCUAUUGUGAGCAAGGUGAAGGACAGCCUCGCAGCCGCUCUCAAGGACCUCCUCAGCAGGAUCAAGCCGCUGCUGCAGACGAAACUUGCAGAGAUGAUCUCUUCUGUCUGCGACAAGGCGAAGGACGGCCUUGAGAACGCGACUGCAUAAAUUUCAAGUGUUUCGAGCUGCGAAUGCACGCCGAUGCUGAAUCCAUGUCGCGAUGCAGCUCAUAUAGAUGUCAUCUCCCUAUCGAAUUUAUCGUGGUGGAGGAGCGCUUCUGAAAGCGCAUCGGCCAGUAUAGCCUCAAGGCUUCCCUCGUUAGUAACGGGGACUAAAUGAAGAAUAGAGCCACGCACGUCGGCUGCCGACGCUGAAGGAACUAGCGGCGAGUCUCGCCGCUAAUGCAUGUUCCCGUUGAUCAUGACUGCAGGAUGACUGUCAACGAUGUGACUAUUUUCUCGCCAUUACCUGCUGGUCAACUGGGUUUUCGCUUGUUCGCUGUAUUAAUCGGG